CUCUGCAAAUUAAACAUUUAUUUUUUGGAAUAUUUCACGAAAGUAGGGGCAAUCCAACGAUUGGGUCAAUUAAUACAUCCCGUGCCCUCCGGCAUCUCCGUAAACAUCUAGUGGGUAGUGAUUGGUCGUUUCGUACUUUUUUUCCGAAACAUCCCCAAAACGGCAACCCGUCGUCGUUGUUUACGUGCUGCGAGAGGUCGCAAGAGAAUAGAGAGAAAAAAUUUAACGUCAACGGUGACAUGGAAGAAAAGUCAUCGGCAAGAUUUUCUGAGUAUCUAUUUGCUAAAAUGGGAGGACACGAUGUUUCAGCCUCACAGGGUCCUAGGAAGGUGACGGCAGAUACUAGGAAAUGGAUGCGUGAAAAUAUGCUGCUCUUGGUUACACUGAGCGGAGUUUUACUCGGCGUUGUAUUGGGGUUUGGUUUGCGACCUCUGGGACUCGGUGGUGAUGCUGUUAUGUUGAUAAGCUAUCCUGGGGAGCUGUUCAUGAGACUAUUGAAAUUGAUGAUUCUACCGCUUGUAAUUGCCAGUUUAAUUUCCGGAUCUGCAAGUUUGAAUGCAAAAAUGAAUGGAAAAAUUGCCGUUCGAACUCUAGUUUAUUUCAUUCUGACUUCACUAUUCAACGCCAUUCUUGGGGUUGCCCUCGCCCUGUUGAUUCACCCUGGCAAUUCCGGAAUAAGGGAGGCAACUGCAUCCUCCACCCACACCCGUGCGGUUAACAUCCUUGACAGUCUCCUAGACCUUGGAAGGAAUAUGUUCCCAGACAAUUUAUUCCAGGCAGCCUUCCAACAAGCACACACAGUGUACGUGCCUAAACAACCGAAACUUCAGAAUGAAAGUGACAAGCUCCUGGAUUCCAAGGAUCUGCCUGAAGAGGAAUUGAUAAGAGUUAUUCAGUACAGAAGUGGCACCAACACACUGGGAAUUGUAUUUUUUUGUCUUGUCUUUGGGACAUUCUUGGGUACCCUUGGGGAGAAGAAGGGCCAAAUUGUUAUUGAAUUUUUUAAAGCUGUUUUUGAAGUCAUCAUGAGGAUGGUUUCUACUGUCAUGUGGAUGACUCCAAUUGGAAUAACAUCGGUGAUAGCUGGCAAAAUACUUGGAGUAAAUGAUCUGGCUCUAGUCAUGUCUCAGCUGGCUUGGUUCAUUGUCACAGUGGUUGUCGGUGUAUUCUUUUAUCAGCUCGUCAUAAUGCAACUUAUUUACCUGGCGAUCGUCAGAAAGAAUCCAUUUAAAUUCUACGCUGGUCUGGCACAGGGAACCCUCACCGCCUUCGCCAUGGCAUCAACGGCGGCGGCACUUCCUGUUACUUUUCGACUGAUGACGGAGAAGCUAAGUGUCGACCCGAGGGUCACCAGAUUUGUACUACCCAUUGGAUGCAACAUUAAUAUGGAUGGAACAGCACUUUUUGUCUCAACUGCCAGUGUUUUUAUCGCACAGAUGAAUGGAAUUUUUCUGGGUUUCGGGGAAAUUGUUACCGUCAUAUUGACAUCGACUGCAGCUAGUGUAUCAUCAGCGUCAGUUCCUAGUGCAGCCCUGGUACUUCUUCUCGUUGUCUUGAGUGCCAUCGACGCUCCAGUACAAGAUGUUUCUCUUUUAUUUGCCAUAGAUUGGUUUGUGGACCGAGUGAGAACCACCAACAACAUGUUAGGGGACUGCUACGCCGCCGCUGUCGUCGAACAUCUAUCGAAAAAAGAGCUCAUGGCUCUCGAUGCUGCCGCAUACCAAUCGGAAACUGUUGUACUACCAACAACAAUAGUCAACGGCUGUAUAUCAGCGAAUAGGGUACCCGAUCCCGAUACAGUUAUCGUGGAAAUGCAGGACGAGACUCGAAUAUCCGGCAUCGCCAAGUAAAAAAACUUGUCGUUUGGCAACCUGUCAACCCUUGCCAAGCAACUCUGUUUCUGAGGAGACUGUCUGACCAACGGUCGGGUCACGUUUAACAAACGUGAUUAAUAAUCAUCUUGUAAUAUCAAAGCGAUAUAACACAUCUGAUGAUAUAUACUGGGUAAUGUGAAGAAAUUCAACAAAUACCAUAGAUAAUUUUUUCAAGGAACCACAAUUUGUGCUCCGCGCCAUUACAACUUGACAAAUAAUUACAUAUUCGGGUGGGAACUACCUGCGCCCAUUCGAAUUCUAGUGAGUUAAUUCUAGGGUACAAUUAUUUUUCGCAUUUUUUAUGAACUUUUUCUUUUUCGAGAAAUGAUAAAAGCAUAUCGGUGCAUAGUCAAUAAUUCUGUAGAGGUGUGGGAGAAUCAUGAGAGUGUGUUGUUAGUGACUUGGUGCAAAUGUAGGUAUGAAUUUUCAACGAAUGUUUAUUAUAUGCCAUUUCUAUUGUACUGUCAUCUUUAUUUUUUUAUUUGUCAUUAAUUCUUGCAAUUGGGUUGAUUCAUGGAAUUCACGUGAUAUUCAGUGAAUAAUAUUAGAUACGUAUUUUUUCAUUUCAAUAAAUCGUAAACAAUUGGAACAAGAAGAUAUGUGAUAUCAUAAUGCAGCCGUUUUAAAUAGCUUCUCAUUUUGUGUACUGUCUAAUAUUUUUUUAUCCAGGAGUGGAAAAAAAUAUUCAUGCCCAAUUAUGAGGAAGCCCAAUUACAUUUUUUUCGAUAGAUUCGACGAUUAUCAUCGGACAUAUAUUAUGGUGCCUUAUUUCGAUGCGCCAGUUUUUACAAAAGUUUGGCGCGAUGAAAGUACGCGUUAUUUUUCAAAAUAUCAUUUCUCCGUGUUAAUAUGGUGCUCGUAGAAUUUAAGUGAGAGGAAGAAAACAAAGAGAUCAAAAAAUCUAAUGGUGAUUUCGUUCUAAUAAAAUGUCUAGGAUGAGUAGAUCGGUAAUCAAGUGUCUAGGAAUCAUUUCCAAUAUGUAAUUCAUUAGGAUAUACCGUUGAACUGGCUUUGCCAACAAUAAAAAAAAAAUUGGACUGGAGUAUUCUUGGGGCACAAGACAUUGAGAAUGAGUGGUACAAUAUCACGGUGACGGUUAUUUAAAUAUCUGAGAAUCGUAAGACUGCCUGUGAGAGAAGUGAAGAAUUAAAUUCUAAUCAAUUCGGUCAUCGCAGGGAAUCAAUGCUUAAGAUGUUGAGAUGGAUGGGAAAUUAUUUCAAUGUCAUUGUCAGAGUAUUGUGUAAUUUAUUGAAAUAUUCUUACGAUAGACUUGAGAAUGAACAUUUCAUAGUGAAGUGAAAUACCAAAAUUAUUGAGAACCAUUAAUUUCAUAUUUUUUUUAAUCGUUCUACUUCACUUCAUGAUGAAAUGUAAAAAAAAAUGACUGCAAAAUUUGUUCUGUUCAACACUUUGUUGACGUCUAUUCAUUGGUAAAACGCAAAAGAAUGAUUUAAAUGAAUUGCCUCCAGGGAUUAAUUGCAAUGAGACCAUUUUCAAGCAAUUUCGCAGCUCAUCAAAGUUGGAAAAAAUUGAAUGUUGGAAAAUAACAAAACACAGGUCUGUAAAGGUUUGCCAAUUAUAGAUACUAGGUAAGAUCGAUAUACGUAUAUCAAAAGUCGUUGAAAGGUGCAAUAGAUGUAGUGUAGUGUGUACGGUUUUUAUCACCAAAAGAAGCAAAAAUAAAAUGAUAAUGUUAUAGUAAA